GUGAAAUCAUAGGACUCGACUGAUCUUCCAGUCCAGUCCAGUCCAGCGCAGCACACAAGACAUCCUCUGUAGCUGUCGAGCUGCUCUGUCAGCACCCGGCGCAUGCCGCCAAGCAACACCAAACCGUGUCACAACUGCCGUCGUCGACGCCUGCGCUGCGACCGCUCAUGGCCGACAUGCCACAAAUGUGCGGUCUCAGGGCAGGAAUGCCUCGGGUAUGGCAAGGUCUUCGUUUGGACCCAAGGAAUUGACUCCCACGGCAAUGUCAAUCCCCCUCCCGGCCGGCGACUACCCGACGAAUCUGAUGCUUCCACCUCUGUAUCACCCACUGGCCACCAGCAGGGCCAGGGUCAGCAUGAUCGCGCUCGACCUCAGCCUCAACCCGACUAUAGCGACCAACACCCGCUGGCGCGUCUGGUUCAACAGGCCCAGCAGGCCGCACAAGAGGCAGAAGAGAUGAAUCAGCAGCAGCAGCAGCAAAGCCAACAGCAGCAUCCAACCCCGCCAGAUUCUGAGGACUCCCCUUCGCACGAUCCUAGCAUACCCUGGCCUUCUCCUGCUGCACUUACAGAUCCGUUGUUCCAGGACCUUGACCGCACAUCACGAUACUACUUAGCGCAUUUCAGCGAGAGGGUCUGCAAAGAUCUUGUGGUCCGAGACACGCCUGAAAACCCGUUCCGUGAGCUGAUACCCUUGACGCGGAAGCACCCGCUCCUCUUGCAGAUUCUUGUUGCCACUUCAGCGAUCCAUUGGUCCAACAUAUUUCGUCGUGUUACCGAAAUACCGGCAGGCCUCACCAAUCCCGCGGGCUAUCUUUCCCUCCUACGUUCAAAAGAUCUUGUGACACGACAGGCUCUCAUCGAUGCCUUGACGGCGAAGCAAAAGGCCAUGAGCCACAUGAGGGAGGUGCUCGAUACCCUUGACCCGGCAGGCAGUGAGGUGGCAUUAGCUGCCAUGCACUUUUUUAUCAAAUUUGAUCUGAUUGAUCUGGAUAAGUCAGACAACCAGAGCUGGAGGGCCCACUUGGAAGGCGCCACAAGCAUCAUGGCAUUGCUCAACCCGGACAGUAAUCCCGACGCAUCUAGUAGAAUGUUGCGGGACCGCGUCAUUACUGACAGCUUCAUCUACAACAUUCUGGGCUCGACGUUGACAUCUGGUGGCCUUGCAGCUCGUGUUGCACGGCAAGCUUUCCAGUUCUUACCCGUUUAUGAAACGUUGCCCUGGACAGACCAGUCUCUAGGUGCGGCAGACAAGGCAAUUGCUCUAAUAGAUGAAGCUCUUGCUGUGGACAUUCCAGCUUGGGCAGACUAUUUACGACAACACAACCUUGUUCAGGAUCUUGAGAGUCGAGUGUGUCUAGCUGCGGCACACCGGUCAGCAGCUUGCCUGUACAUCCUCCAAGCGCUACCGCUAGUUCGGUCUGUACGGUCCAUCGAUACCGAUUUCCUGCUGGAGGACGUUUUGAGAAAUUUAGCCGCCAUCGAUGAAAAUGACCCAUACUUCAAGGCAUCGUCGUGGCCGACUUUUGUUGCAGGGGCUGAGACACGAGACCCUGAAAAACGCACUUGGACCCUGGCACGGCUGUUGUCGAUUUGGCAAAUAUGUCCAUGGGGUUAUCUCUUCACGGCAAUUGAAAUGCUCAAAGCGACAUGGGCGAUGCAGGAUUCGCGCGGCUCAGAUAAUGUCAACUGGCUACAUGAUCUGCGGGGGAUGGGAUUUGAGAACUUGAUUGUUUGA